AUGUCAGAAGCAAAAACAAAGGAAUUACAAGAUUCAGGGUUAAUUGAGUGGUCUGUUUUCUCCGAAUUAGUGGCCAUGGAUGAAGAUGAAGAAGGAUUUUCCAAAUCAUUAUUUCAAACCUUCGUUGAUCAAGUGUUAGAAACAUUUAAAGAAAUUGAUGAGAAUUUGAAAACUAAGAAUUUCGACAAAAUUUCAGGAUUAGGCCAUUACUUGAAGGGAUCGGCUGCUGCGUUAGGGUUGGAAAAGAUUUCAUCUCAGUGUGAAAGGAUCCAAAAUUACGGUCAUAAGGUUAACUUUGAUAAUUUUAAAUUAAAGGACAAUGAUGACCAGAAGGAUGACGAAUUUUGGAUUAAGUUGAUCGAGGAUGCAUUAAAUAAGGCCAGAGAUGGUUUCGCCAAAUCGAGAAAGGUUUUAAACAACUAUUUUGAUGAUGAAUUUUAA